UGUUACGGGCACGUAGGCUCAUAUAUGAUAUUUUUUUUCAAAAGGUCUUGUGUGCAACAGGUGCACAUUAAUAUUAAUGUGCACCAAGUUGUCACACGUAGACCUGUCAAAAAUGGACCCGACCCGAAAACCGACCCGAAAAAAGCGGGUCUUGAACAAGAUUUUCUGACACGUAACCCGUUUUUAUCCGAACCCGAACAACCCGAAAAUUCCGGGUCAAAAACGGGUCGGGUCGGGUUUGACCCGUCGGGUUUAGUGUUAAAAUAAAAAAUAUAUUUUUAUUUUGACAAAAAGGAAAAAAAAAAACCUAAACCUAGCUAAAUCUAAAAGUAUCAGGCGCCUUCCUCUAACAGACUAACUGCACUCAUCUCUAAAACACUGAUCCUCUCAAGAUCUCUCUCUCUCAUCGUCGUUGCUUGGAUCUUCUUAGUUUUUGGUCACUUUGGCGCAGGAAUUAGAGUUUAGGCAGAAGAUUGUGAAAAGGAAGAUGAUAAAUGUGAAUAUGCAGGAGUAUUUGAGGUUGAGAAAUGAGAAAUUAUCUCAAUUAAAUCAUGUUGUUCUUGGAAUGAUAACCCACCAGCGUUUCUUGCCGAAGGUGAAGGAAAUUGUGAUACGGAGUAUAUAGUGAGGAUGAUGAUGAUGUAUAAAUAAUAGGAGAGAGAAUGUAAGUUUGAGGGGUUUUGCCGGUUAUUUUUUUUGGAACUUUAUUUCUGUCCUUUUUUUUUUACGAUAAUCAUCUGUAGUCUGUCAUUAUUUUUUUGCAACUUUUAUUUAAUUUUUCUAUAUCAUAAAAUUGAAGAUUGUGGGGAAAUGAAUUUGUUUUAUGGAAUUAGUAUGAAUUUCUACUGAAAAUGAAUUCGCUUGAAUCGAUACUAUUACUGGGAAUUGGAAAUAGAGGUGCCAAAAAUGUUACUCCACUAUUUUUUAGUUUUUGGGUUGGGUUUAUAAACAAGGUAAUACUAUAUGGUAAGGUCGUAAAGGGGUAUUGGUAAAUCUUGUUUUGGGAUUUGGCCAGAUUUAAUCAUAUAGAGAUUGCAUAAUAUUGGAUUUGGUGAGACAGUAAGUCUUUAACAUACGAAAUUAUUAAUGAAGGCACCAUUUUGACGAGGAUUAUAAAGCCUUUUUUUUGUUAGGUGGUUGUUUUUUUUUUACUUUUUUUAUUUUUUUUAUCACAGAUGUACAUAUAUGUUGGUUAUGACUUGUUUUUUUUUUUUUUGACGGAGUUAUGACUUGUUGAUAUACCAUAUACAUACAAAAAAAACAUAUGAAAAAAUAUUAGAAAAAGGCGGUAUAAAAGCUCUCAACCCGUUGGGUCAACCCGAACCCGAACACUCUGGGUCUUGAACAAGCAUUUGCCAACCCGAACCCGAAAGUGACCGACCCCAACCCGACCCGUUUGGCAGGUCUAGUCACACGUGUGAAUUAAAUGAACAAAAACGCGCGCACAAAAUCACGGAAAGAAAGAAAGAAAAAUCACGCAAAGAAAGAAAGAAAGAGGAGAGAGAAAACGCAGCCAGCAAAAUCGCAGAAAAGGAGAGAGAAAAGGCGCAGCAAAAUCGCAAAAAGAGAAGGAAGGAAGAAGGAAGAAGGACGCAGAAAUUGAAAUCGAAACUGAAGAAGAGGAACGCAAUCAAAAUCGAGAUAAAAAAACGAUCGACAUUGAAAUCCAAACUGAAAAGAAGGAAGAAGAACGCAAUCGAAAUCGAGAUCGAAAUUGUGAAAUCAAUAUCUAAUGGAAAACCUAAUUAGGAGUGUGAUUCAAUCCACUCAAAGAAUUCAAGUUCAUGUUGAACCUGAUAUUCAAGAUGCAACAAUGGAGGACGUUCUCAACAAUUGCAUCGAAAUUAAUGCUUUGGCACAGGAACGUGAAGAAGAGGAGGCAAUGGAAGCUGAAGAACAACAUAUUAUUUCUGAUUAUGAAGAACCGGAUCAAGAUAUUGUUGGAACACUGAUGGGAUACACUGCUGAAACAGUGGAGGAACUUCUAGGUUUCUACGAAAAACAUGCUAGUGAGGUUGGAUUUUCCAUAAGGAAAGGAAACACGAGAUUCAAAGUUGGGACAAGAAUCGUGCUUGAAAAGACAUAUGUUUGUUCAGCAGCAGGAGUAACAAACAAUGGAAAGAACAAAAAGAAAAAAGUGCAAACAUUUGUUCCUGUAGUGCCCAAAAAAGAGAGAAAACCAAGGCAAGUUUCGAUCACGAGAACUCAAUGUAGGGCUUGCUUGAGAGUGAAAAUGAAUUCUGAAGGCAGAUAUGAGGUUGUUAAUCAUGUGAUAAUGCACAACCAUGAUUUAACUAGAAGUCAAUGGCACUACUUGCAUAGAUCUGAAAGGCAAAUAACGGAAGAGAAGAGGGAGGCAAUUGAAACUAUGCAAAAAUCUGGUCUGUCAUCCACGGCUUCCUUUAACUACAUGGCAAUUGAAGCUGGAGGUGAAGAAAAUUUGGGACACUCGAAGAAAGACCAUCUAAAUUACUGCACGAGGUUAAAAAUGAAGCAAAUAGAAAGAGGUGAUGCACAAGCAGUAACUGACAUAAUGUAUUUAGAGCUUGAAGGUGACCCAAACUUCUUUUUUAGAUUUAGAUUGGAUGAAAAAGGUAAAUUGAGGAGUUUGUUUUGGAGGGACUCUAUGAUGAUGGAAGACUAUGGAAUUUUUGGAGAUAUAGUGGUUUUUGACACAACGUAUAGAACAAACAGGUAUAACCUAAUUUGUGCUCCAAUAGUUGGAAUAAACAACCACUGGAACAAUUGCAUGUUUGAUUGUGCAUUCAUAGGAGAUGAAAAGAUUGAGUCGUUUGUGUGGCUUCUACAAACUUUCAAAAAGUCAAUGGGGGGAAAAAGUCCAAUAUCAAUCUUUACAGAUCAAGAUGCAGCAAUGAACAAUGCCAUCAAUCAGGUCUUUCCAGAUUCAAGACACAGAUUAUGUGUAUGGAAUUUGCAUCAGAAUGCUAUUACCAGAUUUGGGGCAUUGAAACGAGAUCCAACUUUUAAGAAGACAUUCAACUAUUGCUUGUAUAAGUGUGUCACAGUAGUUGAAUUUGAAACCAAUUGGAGAUCAAUGCUGCAACAAUAUGAGCUGAUAGGGGAAGAGUGGUUUACAAAUGUAUACGAUUUGAGAGAAAAAUGGUGCCCUGCGCUAAGCAAAGACUUCUUUUCAGCUGGGAUUUUGUCUUCACAACGAAGUGAAAGCACUAAUCACGCCAUCGGAUUUAGAGCAAACAGAACAACAAGUUUAACUGAUUUCUAUAGAUUGUUCAAAGGUACAAUACAGCGUUGGAGAAGUACAGAAAAGCAAGCUGAAUUCUCUUGUAGUAAAUCGGUUCCAUCCUCGGCUUUACCACUAUCUGGAUUGCUGAAACAUGCAUCAGAAUUUUACACAUUGUCACUAUUCAGAGACUUUGAGGAGGAAUUUGGAUAUUCAAUUGCAACAACAGCAAAAUUAAUUUGGAAACAAGAAAAUACUGAAUUCUAUGUUGUGUCCAUUGAUGAAGAACCUUGGUCUGCACAGAGAGUAACAUACAUCCACGAGAGCCAAACAGUAUCAUGUACGUGUAAAAACUUUGAAGCUUCAGGAUGGUUGUGCUACCACUACAUUAGGAUAUUGCACCUUCAUUCGGUUAACCGGAUUCCAGAACAGUACAUCAAAAAGAGGUGGACAAAAUCUGCCAAGUCAUCAGUUUGGAACAAAUUAGAAAAUGAAAAACCAGAAGAGGUGCAGUACACACCUUGGCGCCAAACCAUGGCUAGGAAAUACUACAACCUUAUCUUGAAAAGCCAGUCAAAUGAGGAGACAAGAACCCUUAUGGAGGAUGGUUAUGCCGCUAGUGUGUCUCUGGUUGAUGAACUUCUAGCGUCAUUAAGUGUUUCAAACACUGACGACGCUUCAACCACAGAAACAAGUGCAACAGCAGCACCUGAAACAAGUGCAACAGCAGCACCUGAAACAAAUGCAACAUCAGCAUAUGAAACAAACUCAGCACCAACAGGUACUCAUGCAACAACAACAAGUGAUACAAGUGUACAACAAGAAACAAGUUCUGAACCUGCAACAAACACAGCAACUGAACCUCCUAUGGUGUUGGAUCCUGAACGUUGCACAACAAAAGGAAGGAACAAAAGACCACGAGGACCAUUUGUCAAAAAGAAGAAGGGAAAAACUGCAGCGCCUCCAACAGCAGACUUUGGAACAAUAACUCCAAAUUUGAGAUUAUUUUGA